AUGAAUAACCUAUCAGAUACUCCUGUUCCCGAUCCCGGCUCCAAUGCUGAAAAAAAGGAAUCGAAACAAUCUAGUGCUUUAAAGAAAACUAGCCGAUAUCGUAGUCGUUCAUUGUCGGCUUCAUCCACCGAUUCAUUUUCAUCUGCCUCAUAUACAGGCAGCUCGGAUGACGGAGAUGAUGUACCACCACGAGAAAAGGUCCAAAAGAACUCCAAAGGCAGCUCUGAUUUUUGUGUUCGCAACAUCAAUCAGAACGCCUUUGGUCGGCGAGAAAUUGAAAUCGCGGAACAGGAAAUGCCUGGCAUUAUGGCUUUGCGCAAGAGGGCAGCCGAUGAUAAACCACUGAAGGAUGCCAAAAUUGUUGGUUGCACGCACAUUAAUGCCCAGACAGCGGUGUUGAUAGAAACUCUCAUUGAUUUGGGUGCAUCAGUGCGUUGGGCAGCAUGCAAUAUCUAUUCCACACAGAAUGAAGUUGCUGCCGCUUUGGCCGAAGCGAACAUACCAAUUUUUGCAUGGCGCGGAGAAACCGAAGAAGAUUUUUGGUGGUGUAUCGAUCGUUGUGUUAAUGCCGAAAACUGGCAGCCGAACAUGAUAUUGGAUGAUGGUGGCGAUGCCACACAUUUAAUGUUGAAAAAAUACCCCACCAUGUUUAAAUUGGUAAAGGGUAUUGUGGAGGAGAGUGUAACCGGUGUUCAUCGCCUAUAUCAAUUGUCGAAAGCGGGCAAAUUGACCGUGCCCGCCAUGAACGUCAACGAUUCGGUGACAAAAACUAAAUUCGAUAAUUUGUACAGCUGUAAAGAAUCCAUAUUGGAUAGUUUAAAACGAUCCACCGAUGUUAUGUUCGGUGGCAAACAAGUUGUCGUCUGCGGUUAUGGUGAUGUUGGCAAGGGUUGUGCCCAAGCCCUGAAGGGCCAGGGUUGUAUUGUUUAUAUAACCGAAAUUGAUCCUAUUUGUGCAUUACAGGCCAGUAUGGAUGGUUUCCGUGUGGUCAAAUUGAAUGAGGUUAUACGCAAUGUCGAUAUUGUGGUCACGGCUACGGGCAACAAAAAUGUGGUGGUACGCGAGCACAUGGAUAAGAUGAAGAACGGCUGCAUUGUGUGCAAUAUGGGACAUUCCAAUACGGAAAUCGAUGUAAAUAGUCUACGUACACCUGAUUUGACAUGGGAGAAGGUACGCUCUCAGGUGGAUCACAUUAUUUGGCCCGAGGGCAAAUACAUUAUUUUGUUGGCCGAGGGGCGUUUGGUUAAUUUAUCCUGUUCAAGCAUACCAUCAUUUGCUGUGUCAAUUACAUCAGCCACCCAGGCCUUAGCACUCAUUGAGCUAUUCAAUGCUCCACCCGGCCGCUACAAGUCGGAUGUGUAUUUGUUGCCCAAGAAAAUGGAUGAAUAUGUGGCAAGUUUACAUUUGCCAACGUUCGAUGCCCAUUUAACGGAGCUCACCGAUGAACAAGCCAAAUAUAUGGGUCUCAAUAAGGCGGGACCAUUUAAGCCUAACUAUUAUCGCUAUUAACGGAAACAAACAAU